UGCUCUCCCUCUUUGCUUUCUUUGAGAAUGCCCCAAAGUGCUCCCUCGAGUGUCUCCUCCAAAUCAUCUUCCAAUCUCUCCUUUUCUCUUAACUUUUAAAGAGAUCCCAACGCAUCCCUGAGGAAAAAGAUCAAAUUUUGCAGCAAUUCUAUGCUAUAUUCCAUUGAUUUCCACCAAAAAUCACUUCCAAUUUGAGCCAAUCCUUCAUGAAAAGGUUUGAUUUUUAUGCCUCCUAGGGUUUCCAAUUUCAACCCAAACAUCAGCCUGUUCCUGGGCCUCUCAGGGUAUCUUUGAGCUGGAUUUGAUUUAAAGGUGUUGCCAAUCGAAUCAAGGCUUGCUUUGUUUUUCUGGUAGUGCCAGCAAAGGGUUUAGUUGUUGGAGUGCUAGGGUUUGGUUUUUUAGGUGUUUUUCAAGGUGAAAGGCGAUGGCUUUUCAUCGCCCGAUCCCUGGCCCGGGAUCGGGCUCUGGGCUUCAUUUCCUGAAUUCUCCGUUCGGGGAUACGACCUUCACCAAGGUGUUCGUCGGCGGGCUGGCUUGGGAGACGCAGAGCGACACGUUACGGCGGCACUUCGAGCAAUUCGGAGAUAUCCUUGAGGCCGUCGUCAUCACGGACAAGAACACCGGCCGGUCAAAAGGAUAUGGUUUUGUGACUUUCAGUGACCCUGAAUCAGCAAGGAGAGCUUGUGUGGAUCCCAGUCCCAUCAUUGAUGGCCGCCGGGCGAAUUGCAACUUGGCUUCAUUGGGGAGACCUCGGCCCCCUCUUCCUUAUUCACAAGUGAGGUCGACUGGCCCCUACUAUGGAGCUAUCCCGGUUGUGCGAGGUGCUUAUGUUGGAAGCCCCUCUUAUAAUCAACCAAUUCCUUACAACUAUCAGCAAGGGUUUGCCUAUCCACAAUAUGGGUACACAUCAUAUGGUCCUGAAUAUGUUUAUCCUCAAAAUGUAUAUACCCCAUAUACUGGGCAACAAUACAUACAAGUGUAUGGUAUUCCUGGAACAAUAAAUCCGACAAACUACCCAAUCAGCCAGAUGGGUCAUGCCCUCCCCCCUGGACAUGGAUAUGCUGCAGUUCAGGGUUACACGAUGCCAGGUCAUCAUCUUGUACAGAUUGCCGGACCGAAUGUUUCUGGGGCUACAGCUGCACCUGUGCCUGCAAUUCCAGCUUAUCAUGCAGGGUUAGCAGCCGGGCCGUUUCCCGCUCAACCUCAGUUCCUAGGUCCUGCUCAUUCACCCCAGUUCACCCAAGGCAGUGGUUCAGACCAAACAGCAAGUUGAAAGGAAUGAAUGAAAAAAACUCUUGGGGAAUCCUUAGAUUGCAGCAGGACUAAGGAAAGCAGCACUACACCCGCGUAGCCUGCUUGUCUUGCCUUGCAAACUAUCAUCUUUGCAUUCUUAAGGUUGUCCAUAGUCAUGGUCACUAGAGAUAUCAGAGUGUCAUCUUCCAGUUAACUCCAGUGGAUGGAGCUGGAAGCACAAGAGCUGGAAUGCUCUUGUUCCACUGCUGUCAAGUGUCUGUAGAUUCUCAUGCUCUAUCAUGCGUGCGAUGAUGCCUGGUCGAGCAUGGACUGAUGGAUGCCGGAGUUGGAAUCCGACAACCUGUAGAAAUUAGUGUCAGUCAAGUUAUAGAAUCAACUUGAUUCUUUCAAACUCCAGAUCUGAGCUCUAUAUUUGUGGAGUUCUUAUGUUUAUUUUUUCUUGUGUUUAAGAUUAGCCUUGUAAAUAAAUACCAAAUGAUGGUGUCUAUCAUUAAACUGUUGAUUGCCAAUGCAUUCUCAUCCUGUUAUUAGCUUUCAA